AUGGCCGAUUUCAACACCUCCCAGGUGAUGGGUGUAACAUUUGAAAUCACGUCCAGAUUGAUUAACAUGGCCGCCUUUAGCUCCGCAGAGGAUCAAAUCCUGCAUGGUGUGGUCGCUGUGAGGAAAGUGACAAAGCCCUUUGGUUCAUCUACCCUUGCAAAGCGGGCGCUUCGUGAAAUUAAGUUACUUCGCUAUCUGCGACAUGAAAAUAUUGUUGGUUUGAAUGAUCUUUUCAUAUCUCCCAGCGAGGACUUGUAUAUCGUCACAGAACUCAUGUGGACAAACUUACAAAGGCUUAUUGACCGAGGCCCAAUGGAAGAUGCCUUUGCAAAAUAUUUCUUGUACCAAACACUGCGAGGACUGAAAUAUGUCCACUCGGCAGGCAUCAUACAUCGUGAUCUCAAACCAUGCAGCAUUUUGGUUAAUGAUAACUGCGACUUGAAAAUAAGUGGUUUUGAACAUGCACGAUUACAGGGCCCCCAGAUGACUGGCUAUGUUGUGACCAGACUUUACCGAGCGCCCGAGAUCAUGCUCACCUGGCAAAAAUACUCAGCCAAGGUAGACAUCUGGAGCUCAGCUUGCGUUUUCGCUGAAAUGCUGCAAGGAAGGCCGCUUUUCCCCGCUAGUAGCCAUGCCGAUCAGUUCAGUCAAAUUGUCAAGCUUUUAGGCAGUCCGCCCGUGUGGAUCAUGGAUAUGAUUACGAACUCCAAUACAAGAGGAUUUGUUGAUUGUUUGCCAAAGUGUCAGCGGAUGGACUUCGCAGAUGCUUUUCCCAGCUUUGACAAACAAGGUAUGAUAACCCUUUCCCGGAAAGAAGACAGAGACGUGAAACUAAUAUCAACAGCAAAUGAUCUACUCGAAAGAAUGCUAGUGUUUGACGUGAACGAGAGGAUCAACGCCAGAGACGCACUCUCACACCCAUACCUGAAAUUAUACCAUGACCCGGCUGAUGAGCCAGUAGUCAAGGAAACGUUUGAUUGGUCUUUUGAUCAAUCUCAGAAUUCCAUCGACACAUGGAAACGCGUUGUAUACAAGGAAGUCUGGAAAUUCCGAACCUUAGAAGUCAAGAACGGGCUUGCGAUGAACAUGAGCAUGAAACCGAAGGAGGAUACUGUUCCCAUCAACAUUGUUUCAACAUCGGAUGCCGAUGGGAAUUCCUUGACUCGCAUGGAUGACUUUGACGAGAUAUUAUCUUCAUUUUGCGAAAACUUUGACUCGAGCGAGAUGGCUGCGCAAUAUCCAACCGCAGAAAGCAUUGCUGGAAUCUCUUAA